CGGUUUGACCCCUGGACAACGCUGCACUUCAGAAGCACGCAGUCCUGCUAAAUUUAGCCGCAUUCCUGCCGUUUCGCCCGGACCAUCGGACCGCGCUGUUGCUGCUGUAGGGCUGGAGUGUUGCCCCCCCCCUGUCAGUCUGCUUGCUGAGCGGCGGCGGGUGACUGGCCGGAGCGCUGUGACGGGUCUCUGCGGUGCUGCUAUGCCGGACUGCUGCUUCUGAGAGCGGCCUGGGAGCGACAGGAAGCGCGGGGCAGGGACUGGGACUGGAGCAGCCAUGGCGCAGGAGAACAAGUUCCUGACCAUCCCCGCGCAGGGGGGGCUUUUCAUGCCGGUGAGGAAGGAGCGCAGCCCGCAGGCGGACGACGACGAUGAGGAGGAAAACGGUGACGAGGAGGAGGAGGAGGACGUGCGCCUCAUCCCGCGCUGCUCGCCGGUGCCCAGGAAGCGCGGCCACUCGCUGGCGGACGAGACGGCCGAGUACAUGCGCAUCCGCCUAGCGCUGCAGAGACGCGUGUCCUUCGCGGACGCGUCCGGGGGCGAGCUGGUGGACGUGCGGAACUUCGUGGCCUUCGACUCGGACGAGGAGGACGAGGAGACCGAGGCGCGCUGGGAGGAGGAGGAGGCCAAGUACCGCAAAGCCUACAGGCAGCCCACCUACCGCGCGCGCCCCGACUUCCAGCCGCUGUCCGGAGACGCGCUGGAGGACGCCGUGCGCACCCGCAAGGUGGAGGUGGAGCGCGUCAUGGAGGUGCCGGACGAGCCGCUGUCCUUCGACGUCCUCGUCCGCGUGCUGAACAUCUCCUACCACAAGUCCGUGCACGUGCGCUCCACCAUGGACGGCUGGAUGACCCACUUCGAUUACCCGGCCGAGUACGAGCAGGGCUCUAACGACGGAGACACGGACGCCUUCCGAGUGCGCCUCUCCUUCGCCGAGCCCUACCUGUUCGACGGGGCGCGGAUCGACUUCGUCGUGCGAUACGAAACGGGCGACGGCGAGUUCUGGGCCAACAACCAGGGCAGGAAUUACUGGGUGACCCUGCAGGUCUCCUACGAGGAUAAUACCGCGGGUCAGGCCAGCAAGGUGGAGGAGGUGGAGCUCAGAGGCAUCCUCAAACCCUCCAGAUACAGAAUGGACGACGAUUACGAAUUCGAUCAGGACACAGAUGAAGGAGACGUGGCGGCUACAGAGAGAGAGGCAGCUGUGGCGGUUCCCCGUGUGGAGUGUCCGCUCGUCAUCGAACCUGAGAUCGACCUCGAGGUUUCCCAGGCUCCUUCUAAUACCAGAGAAGAAACAACUCUGGCAAAACGUCCUCUGCCUUGUAUCAAAGAUUCCUCUGAUAAACAUCCUUUACAGGAGUCACCUACAAAUCCACUACAAGUAGAUCAUCCAGAAACCACUGGUCAUGCCAAUGGGUCAGAAUCCCUGUCACAGACUGAGAACCUGAGUGUGACCGUUCAGCAACUUAAAGAGGCACAACUUGAAGUCCCAAAUUACCCAGUUUCUCACUCUGAACUACCCAACAUUAUGAUUACAGUAGUAACUGAAGAUGAUACUGAAGUUUCUACCAAACUCAACCAAUAUUCACCCCCAAAUCAAGACGACUCCCAGUCAGAGGUUUCAGCCCAAGUGCCUUUUGCCUUAGCCAUAACCGCACCGGCCAUGCAUCCAUGCAUCCAACAGGUAGGUGAACCUGAGUCAGAGGAAUUGAAAGAGGAUGGAGAUAAAUUCAAAGAAGAAAUGAUACCAGAAAUAGCUGUUAGUGAGAUGCUACCAUCUACCAUGCAAAGUCAGACAAUUCAUCAAGAUGAUGAGAAUGAAGGUCCUUUGCAGGUACAGCAUGAGUCCAUAUGGGCAUGCCCCUUCAGUCAGAUGAACACUGCAAGUGACAGUGCAAGCUGCCAAGACGAAGAAGAUCUCAGUAGUCACAGUAGUCAUUAUGAUGAGAUACCUGGCAUAGAAUGUCUGUCCAUGAAGGAACCUGAAAGUGACACUAACAAAAAUGUAGAGGAUGCCCAGAACCUUCCAGGUGGGAUGGAUGUCCCAGGCAUCACAGUCACCCAUCUAGGGCCAACAGGAGAGGACAUUGUAUCAGACCCCAGGGAUUGUGUACAUCUCCAACAAAGAGAAGGACAGGCACCAGAACUGAAGGAGGUGGUGGAUGCAGAGACGACAUCAGCCUCUGAGAGCACAGCUUGCAAAGAUGGUGCUGGUCCAGGCUUGACAUGUCUUUUCAAAAGUGACACAUCUACAAAUUUCACUGCCAAUGAUAAAGCAGUGACACCUGAAGACAAAGACAGAGAUAUUUGCUUGACAGGUUUUGAACCGUUCCAUGAAGAUCCUGCUCCCCUUCAGACCCAAGAUGGCCUGGAAAGCCAGCUUGUUCAGCAGCCACUGCCCAGCGAGACCUUAGUGGAUCCUCCGGCUCAGCCUGAGGUGGGGCUGGGCCAGACUCUGUCCCCGACCUUUGCAAUCCUCUGUGCUGCUAUCGGCCUUGUUGUUGGAUUCCAGGAACCCAGCUUCUUCCUCAUCCUGGGACUGUUCCUAGUCGGCCACUUUUUCUGAUUCUGUGUGAUUAAUGUAGCCAUAUCCUUCUCCAACUCCCCAGUGCCUUUUUUUCUGAACUUCAAAAAAAAAAAAGAUAUCUGCAAGCACACCUCUGAUUUCAUAUUAUAAUGUGUGGUGUUUACAUAGAAUACUAAUGGUACGUGUCCACUUGCCACUUUGCCUCAAUGCACCCUAUUCAUUUUAAUGGAUAGAGCUGCUGCAUGCCGCAGUGUUUGGCGGGUUCAAUUGUGUCAAGAGCAGUCUCAACUUAUGGCAAAAAUGCUCAACAGCCCCAUGUUGUGAUUAAUCAGGAAAUAGUUAUUAAAAAAAAGGGUUGUUAUGUCAUACAGAGAAGCGAAUAACGACAAGGUCUGGAUAACGAGAAUACAAAUACAAUAUGAUUUAUUGAAGGCAAUCCAGAGUCCGAAUUCAUUUGUUUGUUACAUUGUACACAGGUUAGCCCAGUUAGUUUUGGUUUCCUGUUUAGUAAGCGGACUAAAAGUUGCAAGGUCCUGCUGUCAUCACCUGAGGUCAUUGGGUCUCCCUAUCCUUACACUUGAUUGGUUGUCAGUUUUGUACUGAAUCAGAUAUAGAAUCUGGUUCUCUUCCAGUGCAGAUGUCACACAGCUGAAUGAGCUUAACAGAGUCCCCGCAGAUCCAGGAAUCACCAGCGUAAGCUGCUGUAGUAUAAUUGCUGUGGAGUGGAAUUGUAUUUCGUCAAAACACAGUUCCUUUUUAUUUUUUUUUGUUGAAUGGAAAACAAUAGCCUGCCUCAACUUUCUGUAAUCGGUCUGAACUGCACUGCACUGAACGAUCUAGAAAAGUGUGUUCACACUGCAAAAAAGCAGACCAUGGUUCAGUAGAACAUAACAGAGGCCAGAUCUUUUGGUUUGACCAAAUUUCGGUCCUUUGGUCCGGACUUUGAUGUGCGGCACCUUUCAAACCUGCCCUUUUCUGCCCGGACCAAACUGAAAAGUCAGAAAGUUGAGUUGUCUUAAAAUAAAAUUACUUAUUUUCAAAUUGAUCUAUCACUUAAUUCAUAUUAGAGAAGCGUCACAGACAAGCCCACACAUGGUGAAUUUUGUGGCGAAAUCUGUCAAAAACAAGUGCAAGUGGACACGCACUGUCAGAUGUAGUGACAUAGUGGAUUUUAUUCAUGUAGAAAUAAUUAUUUUUGUAUGCCGUGCCUAUAAUUUACAGAAUUUCACUGCUUGAUGAGUCAAAAUUACUGGGUAGUUGUAAAAGUAAAGCAUUGACACGUCUUCUGUACAGCACUAGUGAGGAAAUUCACUGUUUGCAAAAGCAUUAAUAUACACUGAUAUUUAUUAGAUCAUUUGCACUGAUGGAUAAGUAAGAUUGGAGAUAUACUUGCUGUUUGACAACCAGCUGCUUAUGUUCAUAUACUUUUCUAUGUGUUACUGAAGGCUUACCACAGUGGCAACAAAAUCGCUUACAGAUGCGGGUAGUCCUUUUUCAAACUUUAAGCCAUUUUGAUGCUGCUGAAUGCUGUACUGCCCAUUGUGUUUUUUUUUUCUUCAUUUUUUUCCUUUCUGAGGAUGCACACAACCGACACACUAACCGAAUGCAUAAUAUGCAAGGCAGCCUUCAUGCAUAGGUGAACGCAAGUAUAUCUCUAUCCUUAGUGGUUUUGCAUGCACUUUAAUAUAGAUUCAAUUAAAGGUAAUAAACACUAAAUGAUGAGAAGUGACCACCAUAAGAGAAAGUAGGGGUAUUUCAAACUUAAGUACUAGCACACACCUGCUGUUAAAGGUAUAGUAGGUGAAAAAAGAAGCUUCUGUUUUAUUUCUUGGAAUAAUUUAUGGGUUGGUUUAAUUAGACAGGGAUUAAGCCUAGUCCAGGACUGUGCAUCACUGUGAAUGGAGUUUCCCCAUUGAAAGAGACUAAAGAGAAACUAUUGUUUUCUGUGGAGGCCAUAUGAGGCCAUUUACUUGCCUGUCUACCUGCCUACCUCACGAUCCUGCUCUCAUGCACUUGCUUUGGACGUGUCUGCAGACUGCUGCGUGUUAGGAGCUUGCUUUACAAUCUUGCACUGCUAAUGACAGAAAGAAAGAAGACAGAAUUAGAAAAGUUGCAGUGAAAGUUGGUGAGGAAUUUAAAUGGUGAAUUAUCCUGCCUGGCAUAGCCAGGAAAGUGAUGCUGUUGAGGACGUAAUUGGUGGUUUUGUUAUUGUUAUUGUGUUAUUUAGCCAAAAUAGGUUCUUAAUCUGAUCAAUAAACUGAGUUAUAGAGAUCUGCUAGAGAUGUUGAAGAAGCUUCAAGCUGCAUAUGGAAGCUAUUGGGUUCAUUUUGGAUUGUUUUUAUGCUUAACAGCAAACUUUGUGAGACAUUAGCUUCCUUUGCUAGGUUUUCAUGCUCACACUAGUGUUUAAAAGUCAGUUUUGCCAUUUUAGGGUCAUGUUUGUGUCUCAUGUGGAAGGAAAUUGAGAGAAAACUGUACAGUAUUUAAAAAUACUCGGCUAUAUGUAGACAGAGACUAAACUGUAGCUGAAUUGUAGUUAGCAACCAAGCUAAUUGUGUUUAUCUUGCAUGUAUCUCUGUGUGUGUUUGACUAGGUCUGUAUUGUAGUUUUGAGUGAGAGUCUUUUAGUCUGUAUUGCCUUUAAGCGAGGUCAUUAGACAUGCUUAUUUGUACUUAUAAGAGAUUCCUCAACUUUCAUGCAUUUGCAGGAAAACAACUUACAAUAGUGGCUUCUACAAAAUCACCUACUAUGGCUUUAACUAGCUGGUUGUUUGCAGUACAAUGAAAGAGGUCUCCAAACAGCUCUAACUGCAUUCAGUUUGAACUCGGAUAUCGUAAUUUUCAAGUUUCAUGUACUGGAGCUCAAAAAGUUCCUAUAAGUUUUUAAUUGGAAUAACAGUAGAGCCUCACAAAACCCUGAGUUCAAAAUCCAAGAUGGCUGCCCCACAUAUAAACAGUAAUAUUGGGUUUUUAUUAUUACUUAUAUCUAUUUGUUUUGAACACAGUACUAUCUAACCUCUAUCUGUGGACAUUUUUCCAUAGUAUUUUUCGCACUAUAAGGCGCACUUGAAAUCCUUUAAUUUUCCCCAAAAUCAACAGUGGGGUUUAUAAUCCAGUGCACCUUAAAUAUGAAUUUUACCAGUCAGGUUAUAAGGAGCAGUAAAGCCACUCUGCUAAAGUACAGCGUUAUAGCUCAGAUUAGCUCUCCAGCACUGAGGCUGGAGCAGCAUUAGCAUUAGCCGCUAACCGCGCUAAGCACUAGCCGGUAGCCUGCGCAUUUAUCGUGUUAAAACAAGCUACAUGGGACAAAACGCUAGCUAAUAUCGUCCUGGCUUACUGGAACACUCAGGGUUACUCAGUAUAGCACUGUCGGCGGCAAUUACUAGCGCUAACCAUGGCUAGAACUAGCAGUUAACUGCUAAUGCUGCUGCACCCAGCCUUAGUGGAAAUCUGAAAAUCUAAGCUUACUGUAAAUAAACGGAAGCGCUUUACUCACCCAAAUAAACAUUUUUUUAGUAGAGAAAUUUGUAUAGAAUAACAUCCAGCACUCUUGACUUGACUUAAAUGAGUAAUUUUUAAGAAUUACAGUUUUGUGUACUUAGCUUUACUUAACUUAGGUAAAGCUAUAAUGCAUUAGCAUCGGUCGGUUUUGCUAACAGUGCUAACCUGAGACAGUACUAGUACAUAUUUAUCUGGGUUCACCAUAAAACACUAAUAAAGUAUUAUGAAACCAGUUAUGGGGAACUUUAAAGUCUAGCUUACUGUUUUUGGAAAUAUUUUAAAAUAAAAUAAAAUAAUUUUAAUGUUCAACUAGAACCCAGUCAUCCCAUUAAUGACGUCAUCCUCAGCUCCGACAUCCGAGUUAAAUGGAGUGCAGCAGAAAUCUUUAGAGUAUGUUUGAAUAUUACUCAAUGAAAUAAUUAGCCAUUAAGUAGCUUCUCUGCUCUUCAGCUCUGCUGCUAUCAGUUUAAGUAUCAAUCAGGUUAUUUCCUGAUCAGAAUCUGUUUAUGUUACGUUAUGAUUUAUGCAAAAACGAGCAUCACUGUUUACUUGUCACAAUGGAUUCAUUCAUAUUGACACAUUGGUUCUGUUGUCUUAAAAUGUCUUAAGAAAACUCAGCGUUUCUUCAUGCCUCAGCUUUCAGCCGUUUACAUUCAGAAACACAAGUCUUUUUACUCUUCGUUAGCUUUUUCCGUGCUCGUCUCAGAUAACCAGUGCACAAUAUGUUCUGCACAAUAUAUUGUCCCAGAAGUAAUUUAUUUAUUUAAUAAUUUUAAGACAAUUUUAUGCCACAGAUAUAAUGAUAAUACAGUAUCACUGUAAUUCAAUUACUCAGACAUUUAAUGAUUAAAAUAUUCAGACAACGUAAUUAAAAUAUAUAAAUGUUGUAAAAAAUUCAAUUAAGUAAACAAAUUGUUUUUAAAUAUUAUUGUAACAAAGUCGAUAUUCACAUUAAUAAGUUCUUCUUCAUAUUGAGGUCAGCGAAAAUUAUUGAGUUAUGUACAUAUCGUUAAUGUCCAAUGAGAAAUAAGUAUCUCCAAAAAAAAAGCAACUUUAAAGGAGAGAUAAAACUUUUUUCACCUAAUGAAAGAUUUUAUUUCAGGUCAUUUUGGUGAAUUUCUAUUGGUCCAUUUGUUAAGAAACAUUGACAGCUUGUGUGUUCAAAUUAUUUAGUAAAUUAAAACUAAAACAAAAAUUGAGAUACUUGUUUUUCGUUGGACAGUAAUGAUAUACAGUAUUUUACGAUAAAUCAUUAAUUGAGUUAUUGUAACAAGCCUAGUCUGGAUCUGUUUAACCUACAGGGGUUGUAGCCUGUUAAUGAUUAUAUUGCUUUCUGAUUUUCACCUUCCCUUUUACAAUUGAUGGAUGAUUAUUUGACACAGUAUGAACAUGUUUCAAGACUGUUAAGAUUACCAUGUUGGUUAUGUUGUCUACAGCAGUCUAGUGUACUUUCUGUAAUCCUGAAUUCACUAGUUGUUUCAAAGUGUUUGAGUAUAAAGUAGAUGUGCUCAUACCUCUCAUCAGCCACUUGUGUCACGGUAUAUGUACAGAUCAUUUAAAAAGUCAAAAUGAAUGAUGUUUUUAACCCUUUACACUGUUUCACAGAGCAGAGGUCUCUUAAAUGUUAUGAAGACAACCAGACGGCAUCUGUAGAGUGUGUGUAAAGCGUGACCUGAGCCUCUGAUAUCGGUGCAAAAGGUCACGCAUUGCUCUGAAGUCACAGUGUCGGCUUACAGAGCAGCUCGCCGCCAUUAUAUACAGAGAUCUGAGUUCGGCUGCAGUUUCUCUAAGCAAUAUCUGACCUUUGGCUUAACUUUUAAUGCUUGACCCCAAAGGACCUCUGUUCUGCUGUGAUCUGCAUAUAGAAACAAAUAAUCAGAGUAUUUUUCCACCAAAGUCAAUCAGAUCUGAGUUGUAAAAAGUGAAAUUAAAUAAAUAUAUAUAUGAUAUUGUACAAAAACA